AUGCCUACGGAAGCCAGUCCUAGCCCACUUCGUCCUGGAUCGAUCAUGCAGCAGCUCGAUCUGUACAACUGCCUCAUCGAGGUAACCCGUUGCGACGAUGAAGACACUAAGUCAGCUCUGUUUUCCCUUAGCUGUUACCUGACCGACCCCACUGGCACUCACCAAGAUGGCAAGCUUGAUUGCAACAAACUCAGCUACAAAAAUUUCGAAGAGGACAUCAGUGGGCACUUCAAAUAUGAUCCCGAGAACGAUGAGAUCCGAUGGGACAACAAGAGUUCUUUCCAGUCUGACACCAAUGCAAGCGGAUCCCAGGCUAAGGUCUUCGUCGUCAAGAGCCAUAACAGCUGGGUGACUGCUCUGCUAGCCAUGCAGUCUGCUGCCCACCAGGCCAGCUCGGGCUCGCACUCUAUUUCUGCUGUUGGUCCUAUUGCGAUGACAGCUCGCUUUAUUAUCGUUCGCUCUGACUACGAGUCGCAGAAUGACCCAGACUACAGUGACAGUGCCCAGUCCGACCAUAGCAGCACCAGCGGUGAGGACAACAAGAGCGAGAACCAUGACAGCUCCGACUGCCAGAGCGAGAAUGACGAUAGUGUGAAGAGUGAGUCUGACUAG